AUGCUAGCUUCUCAUAGAGUCGGUGCAACUGCUGCAGUCUAUACAGGUGCAGUUUUGGAAUACUUAACUGCUGAAGUUUUAGAAUUGGCAGGAAACGCAAGUAAGGACAUGAAGACCAAAAGAAUCAGCCCAAGACAUAUCCAGCUGGCUAUUAGAGGAGACGAAGAGUUGGACACUUUAAUCAAGGCCACUAUUUCUGGAGGUGGAGUUAUCCCCCAUAUUCAUAAGAAUUUGUUGAUCGUACCCAAAGAAAAAACAGUUGAAGCUUAA